AGGGAGGUGCAGCUGCAUGGCAAGCUGGCGCACAACAACGUCAUUGGGUUGUACGGUGCGUUCCAGGUGGACAGCCAGGUGGUGAUGGUGCAGGAGUUUGCGGAUGGAGGAGAUCUGUUCACGUUGCUGCACCGGUACGGCGGCCGCAUGCCAGAGCGCCAGGCUGUUGAGAUGGUGCUGCAACCCUGCCUGCGCGUGCUGCUCUAUUUGCAUGAGCAAGGCAUCCUCCAUCGCGAUCUGAAACCCGAGAACAUUCUCUUCACGCGCAACAUGACCUUCAAGUUGUGCGACUUUGGACUGGCGAUUGACCUGCGCGACGAGCGAGCCGUCACGAGAGCGGGGACGCUCGAGUACAUGGCACCGGAAGACAACGAGCGGCUGCAUUACACCGCCGCGGUGGAUGCCUGGGCGGUCGGCGUGCUGGCAUAUGAGCUGCUCGUGGGGCGGCCGCCCUUUGAGGCACCGGAACGGGAGGGGGUGGAGGACUGCAUCCGGCGCCAGACGCCACGCUUUCCCUUCGGCCUGUCUGAGCUCGCCCGCUCCUUCAUCGCCACCGCCCUUCAAAAAGACCCCGAGCAGCGGCCCACAGUCCAGGAAAUGCUCGGGCAUCCCUUUAUCCGC